CUGGCGGGAAGAGCGAAAGAAACUGGACCAUCGGUCUGUUUUCAAAACGCACGUUGCUUUUUUUUUUUUUUAUUAGCGCAGUUUCAAUAAUUUAUGAUAAACCGAAUUCCACGCGAUUUGGAUACAUAUAUUUGCUUGACCUGUGCCUACAGUUUAAAGGGAUUUGAAGCGCGAAACCGAUGGAGGAGCCCGCUGACUCCGUCGGUGGCGGGGCAGCACAGGGCCCCACCGCGCAAGUGGCAGAGAUCCGCUGCCCAAUGGCAGCGCGUCCUAUGCGGCUGCUGGAAUGGAAAGUCAAACCAGGGUCCCUCGUCAAUGUGGACUCGGUGUUGGCGUUAUGUGUUCCCAUCCCGCUGGAGAAAGAGACCGGGUCUCAGCCGCUAGAACAUCCCAAAAGGCUGCCAGAGAAGAAACUGAAAUCGGACCGAGCUGGAGUGGUGAAGGACCUAUGUUGUCUACUUGGACAAGUCAUAUCGCCUGGUGGUGUGAUUGUCAGAGUAGAAGAAUGCUGCCAUCCAGUCGUGAUGAAGGGGCUGUGUGCUGAAUGUGGUCAGGACCUCACACAGAUGCAGAGUAAUAAUGGGAGGCAGCAGGCUCACAUCUCCACGGCAAACGUUUCCAUGGUGCACAGUGUCCCCGAGUUGAUGGUCAGCUCUGAGCAAGCGGAGCAGCUGGGCAGAGAGGACCAGCAGAGACUCCACAGGAACAAGAAGCUGGUUCUUAUGGUUGAUCUGGACCAAACCCUGAUCCACACCACCGAGCAUCACUGCCAGCGCAUGUCCAAUAAGGGAAUCUUCCACUUCCAGCUGGGGCGGGGGGAGCCCAUGUUACACACGCGACUGCGUCCGAACUGCAAAGACUUCCUGGAGAAGAUCGCCCAGCUCUACGAGCUGCAUGUCUUCACUUUCGGAAGCCGCCUCUAUGCACACACCAUCGCAGGCUUCCUGGACCCUGAGAUGAAGCUGUUCUCCCACAGGAUCCUGUCCAGAGACGAAUGCAUCGACCCCUUCUCCAAGACAGGGAACCUGAGGAAUCUGUUCCCGUGUGGAGACUCGAUGGUAUGUAUUAUAGAUGAUCGGGAGGACGUGUGGAAGUUUGCUCCCAACCUGAUCACUGUGAAGAAGUACAUCUACUUCCAGGGCACAGGAGAUAUCAACGCUCCGCCCGGGUCUAAAGAGGCCCAGCAGGCAAGGAAAGCCGGCAGCCAGGCCAGCCGACCGGCAGAGGCCUCGGAAGCAGCAGUAACGUCAGGGCCUACAGCGUAUGGGAGGUCGUCUGCGUCAGAGGAGCUGAGUAACGGCCGUAAGAAACAGCGGGCUAAAGACCACAACGGAGGGAGGGUGGAGUCAACAGCCCCCUCAGCCACUCAGAAAGCAGCAGCCAAUGAACGGACUCAACCGGGCGAGGCUGUGGAGAAGGGUCAGGGCGUGGGGGCCGAGGCCAGCACGGCAGCACAGGUGAGCGACAGGACGAAUGUGAAAAAGGCGGUGCACGGAGAGGAGGAGGAUGGCAGCAGGACAGUGGGCUCAGGGGAGGAAGCUCCUCCUACAUCCUCCACUCCUCCAGACCUCCAUGAGCCCAACAGCAACCUGGACUUUGACCUGUCCAGUGACUCUGACUCUGUUACGCGUAAACCACCCUCAUCAGACAGUGAGGGGGAGUACAGCCAGACCAGGAAGUCCAAACAGGAAGAGGCGGAGCAGGCGGCAGUAGAGGAGCCAUCAGGCAGGGCUGGAGGAAAGGAAGAGGGGGGUAUUAAGCAGAAGUGCACCGGGGAGAACAGCUCCGAGGUAGGAGGGGAGACGUCUGUGCUUGUCCUCCCUCCUGAGCAGGAGAACGGGCGCUCAGAACGGAGGAAGGCUGAGACAGAGUCCCAGAACAGUGAACAGUCAGGAGUCACCAUGGAGGAGGUGGACAAGGAUAACCACCUCAUCUACCUACAAGAGGUGUUGGAGCGUAUCCAUAGGGAAUACUACGCCCGCUACAACGCCUUCCUCAGGAAGGAACGCCCAGAGACGCCUGAUAUCAGGAAGAUCGUCCCGGAGCUGAAGGCCCGGAGCUUGGAGGGCACCACCAUUGUGUUCUCUGGGCUGUACCCCACCAACUACCCCAUGGACAGAACCAGGGAGAACUACCACGCCAAGGCCCUGGGAGCAAAGAUAGGAAAGGACCUCCUGCUCAGCUCAAAAGACCCUUGCAGAACCACACACCUCAUUGCUGCUAGAGCAGGUACAGAGAAGGUGCGUCAGGCCCAAGGCUGUAAACGUCUCCAUGUGGUGAAUCCUGACUGGCUGUGGGGAUGUCUGGAGCGCUGGGAAAGGGUGGAUGAAUCACUGUAUCCACUGAAGGAGGACUACACCAAGACCCAACGGAGCAACAGCCUAGCCACGUUCCCUGACCACCAAGGAUCCUUCCAGAACCCCCUGUUACCCCCCGCCCCCCUCCACCUCCCCCCUCCAGCUGCCCCUGAGGUGCGGACGUACGACCCGGUUACGGGGAAGCUGAUACGCCGCGGGCUUCAGGCCUCCAGACCACCAUCUUACCUCCAGGCCUCCAUGUCUGCUGCCCACGGUGACCAGACAUCCCUGAGGGGGGGUCAGAAGGACCAGCAGGGGGAGACGGCGGGUCCCUCCAGUCGAGACGAGGAGCAGCCUGGACCCUCCUGCCGCCGGAGGGAACGCCAGCCCAGCAUGUCAGAGACCAACCCUCUCUACACAUUCUGUAAAGAAGACCUGGACAGCAUGGAUAAGGAGGUGGACGACAUGCUAGAUGAGGAGAGCGACGAGGAGGGAGAAGGCCGGGGGAAGAAGACGAUGGAGGAAGUAGAGGGGCAGCGGCCAAAGGGUAGUGGACAGAGCACUGAGGGAGAGAAGCACCACCAACGGCACCACCAUCACCAGCUGCAGCAGCAGGGUCUGGCCACCGUUGAAGAGGAGACGGAGAAAACACAGACGCCACCUAGUGACCAGGGCGGUACGACGACGGCGGACAGCGUGCCAAGGGGACAGAAGCGCAAGCUUGCUGAGGCCAAGGAGGAGGAAGAGGGGGAGUCGGCGGACGAGUCCACCAAGGAUUCUAAUGAGGAAGAGGAAGGAAGCUCAGAGGCUGAUGAGAUGGCCGCUGCCCUGGAUGCGGAGCUCAACGACUUCAUUUGACAAGGAUCAAUUUGAUUGGACAAAUGAACUGGGCAUUUGAUUGGACGUUUGUGAACGAUGCGUCACAGAAACACUGUAAGUUACCCCAGCAGAUUUACGUCCAGGUGGUACCUGAAUCUUUGUCUCUACGCUGUGUGCUGGUGUGUGUGUUUUAACGAGGUUGAAUGUGUUGUACAGAAUGAAAAGGUAGGUUAGUACGGUAGGAAAACGUCGGGGUGUAAAUAUAGUUGUAGAUCAUUUUUAGGGUUAAUGUAGAAACUUUCGACAGUUGUUUUAUUGUAAGAGAAAAAUAGGAGAGAUUUUGGCUAAUUUAGUAUUACUUGAGUUUGUUUUCAUAUUAAGACUUUUAUAUAAAUUCAACAAAUUACUUAAUUCAUUGGUCGUAUGAUGCCAAAGAGUUUGAACUAGGCCAAUCAAAGCCUGCAGCUAAGCAUUUUACUCUGACGUCACAUCCUGUGUUCCUAUUUCCUGUUGUUUUUUAGGGGUUAAUCAUUAAAACAUUGUUACCAGCAGAAUGACUAAGAUGCCUGAAUGUGUCCCAUUGGAUCUUUUCCUCUCUGUUCUUCUUUACCGUGGCGUUGGUACCAGAGCCAUAUAUAGAGAUCG